CCUCUGACGGCCGCGAGCGGUUCUGCAGGCGUCACCGCCGCCUAUCACUUUCGUUCUCGGCGGGUUCCUGCGGAAGAAGCUGCAGCGCUCCGGAUCGGGGGCCACCAUGGACCACCGCGGGCCGCAGAAGAUCAGCAUCGGCACAACCAUCAUGGCCGUGGAGUUUGACGGAGGGGUUGUGAUUGGAUCUGACUCCCGAGUAUCUGCAGGGGAGUCUGUGGUGAACUGCGUGUUCAACAAACUGGAGCGGCUGCACAACCGAAUUUAUUGUGCCCUCUCUGGCUCGGCGGCGGAUGCCCAGGCCAUUGCCGACAUGGUGAACUACCACCUAGAGCUGCACAGCUUGAACGUGGAGGGUCCCCCGCUGGUCCUGGCCGCAGCCACCUUGGUGAAAAACAUCAGCUACAAGUACAAGGAGGAGUUUUCGGCUCACCUCAUGGUGGCAGGAUGGGACCCCAAGAAAGGCGGGCAGGUGUACGGGACUCUGGGCGGGAUGAUGACCCGGCAGCCUUUUGCGAUUGGCGGAUCCGGGAGCACUUACAUUUACGGCUACGUGGACUCUGCCUACAAGCCUGGAAUGAGCCGGGAGGAAUGCCGCCAGUUCACAAUGAACGCCAUUGCCCUCGCCAUGUGCCGGGACGGAUCCAGCGGGGGAGUCAUUUACCUCGCCACCAUCACCAAAGAUUUUGUUAAGGAGGAAGUUGUCGUGGGAGACGAGAUUCCCAAGUUCUACGACGAAUGAAUUUGUUCCCCUCCCCUCUUUUUUUUUGUAUUCCCAUGGACAAUGGGGCACUGACCCCCCAGCCUCAGUGUGCCCCCACCUACCUACCUUCUUACUUACAGCAGCCUGCCUUUGGCUCUGGCUCCCCCUAGUGUU